AAAGCUUCACACUUCAUGGUAGAUUUCCUGCGCAAAGUAACACAGCUGCGACGGAACUUACAUAAUCUGAGAGAAAGAGAACAUGGCCAUUGAUUUUCGUUCUGCACGCUCAAGCAGCGACGUCGACUGGGAUGAUAAUGAGCUGAUGGCAUACAACAUAACUGUCACUGCUAUACCACCACAGCAAUUCUUUUCCCAGGGGACAUAUGUGCCUCUAACUAUGACAGGCCUUGAUCCCGCACUCGCCACCGCCGACUCGGACGUGCACGUCGACGCUGAUGUGUCGGCCAGCACCCUCCGUUUUCUCGUGAAUCUCCGCUUUGUCACCACAAUUAUGCCUGACCAUGAGCCAAGCAUCGACACCUUCGCUCGUGGCGUUCUCAUUACAGCUGGCUUCCAACAGCGUCGGUUUGGCGUGUUGACAGCAUACCAAAUUCCAUUCUGUUAUGUUAUUGACGAAGUUGCGCAGAUAAGCAUAUGCUUGAAGGAUUUUGAAUCAAAGACGCUACUUCUUUUACAAACGAACAAGACACAGAUGGGUCCCUCAAAUGUCGAAGCACGUAUGAUCGCAGGAGCCAUUGCGGCAUACCAGUUCAACAAUAACAACCGACAAGAGAUGGGCUUGCAUCCACUUGAUGUCAUGACUAUGCCUUGCAUCACCAUGGUUGGGUUACGCCCCACCUUCUACUUGGUUCCUGUCACCAAAGCGUUGAGUGAUGCAGUCAUUUCCGGUCAAUAUCCGUCAGAUAGGACAGAGGUGCUGAAAUGUGAGGUCGCCAGUGACUACAAUGGAGGCAUGGAGGCACCGGAAUACAGGAUCGUCGCCUUGCAGUAUUAUGUUGCAUUCAGAUCCCUUGCGAAAAGCCACUGGGAGAGAUUUCUUAGUUGA